AUGUUAAUGUUUCCUAUCAAAUUGUAUGCAAUUUAUAACAUUUUAAAAUAUAUAUAUUUAUACUCUGUUCUGUUUAUAAGAAAGACCUCAAUGCUACUGCUAAGAAAUGUAGCUUUAAAAAAGCGUUAUUGCUUCGGGGUAAUUCCGGCGAUUGCCGUUAAUAAACGAAAGUUUGGCCAGCCGGCCCGGUAUUUGGUUGCUUUUAUUAAAGUAACGGUGCUUUUUGUAUUUGCUAUUCGGGUAUUUGUAGUUUUGUUAAGGGUAAGUAAUUGUAUUUGGAAACGCUUGGUUGUACCUUUUUUUUUUUGCUUCCGGCCAUUUCCAAUUUUACUUUUAAUUUUAAUCGGUUGCAAUGUUAAUUAA